GGCGCUUUAAGAAAACUCAGCCAAGCAACAAAGUUGCGGAUCAGAGCUGCUGUUCCUCGGUGUGCAAUGGACGGCCGCCUAGAGACUGAAUUGUAUCCUUUGGGAUCAAGUUACGCAGAAAUAGACGUUGUUCAUGAUAUUGCAGUUGGUACAAAGAGAGGAUCUGACGAGCUGUUCUCCUGUGUUUCCAGCGGGCCUUAUAUCAUGAGCUCAGCAGCCAACGGCAACGACAGCAAGAAGUUCAAAGGCGACAUCAGAAGUCCUGCCGUCCCGUCCAGAGUUAUACAUGUCCGCAAGCUGCCCAAUGACAUCAAUGAAGCGGAGGUCAUCUCCCUCGGCCUUCCCUUUGGCAAAGUCACCAACCUGCUCAUGCUGAAGGGAAAGAACCAGGCUUUCUUGGAAAUGAAUACUGAAGAAGUAGCCCAGACGAUGGUUACUUAUUACUCCUCCGUAACGCCCGUCAUCAGAAAUCAUCCCAUCUUCAUGCAGUACUCAAACCACAAAGAGCUGAAAACAGACAACUCACCAAACCAAGUGAGGGCACAGGCAGCACUGCAGGCGGUGAAUGCUGUCCAGACAGGUAGCAUGACUCUAGGUGCCAUUGACCCGUCCGGUAUGGCUGGCCCCAGCCCUGUCCUAAGGGUCAUCGUUGAAAACCUCUUUUACCCCGUGACCCUAGAUGUCCUGCACCAGAUCUUCUCCAAGUUUGGCACAGUGCUGAAAGUGAUCACUUUCACAAAAAACAACCAGUUUCAAGCUCUCCUCCAGUUUGCUGAUGGCCUGACGGCACAACAUGCCAAGCUGGCUCUAGAUGGACAGAACAUCUACAAUGGCUGCUGUACUUUGCGCAUCAGCUUUUCCAAACUUACCAGCUUAAACGUCAAAUACAAUAACGACAAGAGCCGUGACUACACUCGCCCGGACCUGCCCACUGGGGACAGUCAACACGCUAUUGAACAUCAUGCUUUGGCUGCUGCUUUCGCUGCUCCUGGGAUCAUCUCUGCCACGCCAUAUCCAGGAGCGCACGCCUUCCCUCCAACUUUUGCUAUCCAGCAGGCUGCAGGGUUUGCAAUACCUGGGGUUCCCGGAGCCCUCGCCUCACUGGCCAUUCCCGGGACAGCAGCGGCUGCUGCGGCUGCAAGCAGACUGGGCUUCCCCUCCUUCCCCGGCACCCACUGCGUCAUGCUGGUCAGCAACCUGAACCCUGAGAGAGUUACGCCCCACUGCCUCUUUAUUCUCUUCGGUGUAUAUGGGGAUGUAUUGAGAGUGAAAAUCAUGUUCAACAAGAAGGAGAAUGCUCUCAUACAAAUGUGUGAUGGGACACAGGCUCAGCUGGCAAUGAGUCAUCUAAACGGACAGAAGUUAUACGGCAGGCCCCUGCGCAUCACGCUGUCCAAACACACAACUGUCCAGAUGCCACGGGAGGGACAUGAGGACCAGGGUCUCACCAAAGACUACAGCAGCUCUCCUCUCCAUCGCUUCAAGAAGCCAGGCUCCAAAAACUACUCCAACAUCUUUCCUCCCUCAUCUACCCUGCACCUGUCUAACAUCCCACCCGCGGUUGUCGAAGAUGAACUCAAGCUGCUCUUUGCUAGCAAUGGUGCUCUGGUCAAGAACUUCAAGUUCUUUCAGAAGGAUCGCAAGAUGGCUCUGAUUCAGAUGGGUUCGGUGGAGGAAGCGAUCGAGUCCCUUAUCCAGUUCCACAACCAUGAUCUCGGAGAAAACCACCAUCUUAGGGUUUCCUUCUCCAAGUCCAUCAUUUGAGAGAAAUAUAGUCUAGAAAAGACUGGAGUGGCCAGUCAUUUUAAACCAUAAUGAGUCUUAAUCACAAAGCUCACUUCCAUCAUUCCAUUAUUUUAUUUGAGGCAUUUUAGUGAUUAUUUACAUACAUAUAUUUUUUCAAGGUUUUAGAACAGCUGUAUUAUUAGUUGGGCCGAGAAGUUCAUCAACUGUAUGCAUCCCUCCAUCGGUCACUUUCAGCCUAUUUAAGACUUGAUUUCUGUAGAAGCAGAGAUGAACCACUUACAGGCCUUUGAUUCCAUUUGUACCAUUUGUGCCUUACUGCUUCAGUUCUCCAGAACCUCAGUCAAACAUCUGCAACUAAUGUUUGCAAAUCUGUAGUUUACAGUCCAUUUCGUGCCCUCAGGACCAAACAUUUAUGCUCCUGUGAGACAUGGGUAAUUUCAUCAGGCUGAUGGUACAGGCCUAAAACUCUGCGCCUCUUGUGUUACGUAUCUCCCAGUAGGGUUGUACUCAUCAUAUCCUCUAGCAUUAGCAUUUAUACUGUAUCUUUAGACAUAGAAUGUUUAUAGGCAUUUUCCUCCUUCAAAUUUAUGCAAUCGUUUGUGUAUAAAUCCAAUAGUGUUGUCUAGAUUUUUAUUGUUUGCAUACUGUGGGCCAUUGCAUGUUGGCUGUGGUCAGCGGAGCAUUAACCGCUGGCCGUUUACUGUUUGUCCUGUAUUUUGUGUAGAUGUUUAGCAUCGGGCUUCAUGUUAUUGUGUGAGAUAGUAGAUUAUUUAAGCUAUUCUACUUAAAUGCCCCAUGUAUUUUAUGUAUCCAGGAACCUGUGUGUAUACUACAGCUUGAUACCAAAGCCUUUCCUCCGUGUACCUUCGUAAGGGACAUCCUGACACCUUUUAGCCUCAUGACAAACGGCGUGUACAAACAUGUCCUCUCAGAGCGGCGUACGGCUGCUUCUCUGUAGAUAACAGUGUGAUGGAAACAGUUCAGGUGAAUUGGGACGGCCGCCAGAUAUGAUUGAUAAUCAGCACACCUGCUGAAUUGUGCACAUCACAUAAUGCUAGUCUUAACAGAUCAGCCACGAUGGCCUUUAGUGACCUCUGUAAAAUGAGUUGGGCCUUUUAUUUGUUUUAAUCUGACAAGUGACUUUUUUAAUAUAAUGUCUUGGUUCACUCCGAGGAGACCAUUCAGUUUGGACAUUCAUUUGCAUUAGCAUUCACAAUUUUUAUAAAGGCCCGAUGAUGGCCUAAAUUUGGCACUCGGACCAGAUAAUAUACAAAAAAUCUAAUCUUCUUUGUUUAUAUUGUAUUCCCAGCAAUUUCCAGAUGCUCCUUGGAUAUAGAAAAAAAAAGUAUAUCGUUGAUUCUUAACAGUGGCUGGAUAAAACCUGAUUAUGCAUCCUUGCACAACAUUAAAACCCCUCAAUAUACAACAUCUGCCUUAGAUUAUAAAGUGCUUUUUCUUAUAGUGGACAGAUGAGGUGUAAAUACUAUUUUUGUAUCACAAUGUUAAAAAAGUUAUGGGUUUUUAUAUCCGUUAAAACAUGUAUAUUUUGAUUACAGCUAUGGGCCAUCGUCAUGCAAAAAUAUAGUUCAAUAUAAAAUCAGGAUUACACUGUUUUCAGUCUUUAUCUUGUUCUUCACGACAUUCCUAGUUGUACUUUUUGCCUUCAGUAAAUAUUUGUUUACUCAA